GUGUCGUCUUUGUUUGUGCGCUGCUGUCCUCUUGCCAGCCAGCCAACACUCUCCCGCACCAACAGCACAGAACACAUCCGCACAGUCUUGGUUUGGUGUUGUUGUUGUUGUUGUUGUUGAGACCCAACGAACGUCGCUCAGCCGCACACACACGCACACACACUUACACGGCAGAGUUGCCCGAGCUCUGCUCCCACACAUCACGUUACAGCGCACCGCGUCACGCACACUGAAGCGGCCCACGCGCGCACACACACAUUGCAUUAGCACACAACAAGUUGAUCGUUUUGGGUUGCGCGUUUGUAUUUGUUUGUACCGGCACCAUCGCAAGAAUGCCGCUGGCACACGGGGAUCAGUUUCAAUUCCAGGCAGAUCCUGCCCAAGCCAUUGUCCUGGAAGGCGAGGAUGCUCGCACCAUGCAGACAGAAGAGGACAUGCCUGACCCAGCGGGCCCCGAGGGGCAGGAGGGCCACGAGUUUGAGAUCACCGACAUCAACCUCGAGUCUGGCGACCAUGUCGACGGCUCCCACUUUGACCUCCUCCGUGUCCUCGGACAAGGCUCCUUUGGCAAGGUGUUCCUUGUAAGGAAGAAGACGGGCAAGGAUGCCGGCACCCUCUACGCCAUGAAAGUGCUCAAGAAGGCUACUCUCAAA